AUGGAAACAGAUUUUGCAGAAAUGGCAGAAGAACCAGCUAUUUGUUCCGUUAUUGAUAGAAAGACAGUUAGAAAGGUUACCUGGAGACCGCCUCCGCCAGGAUGGGUUAAGUGUAAUGUUGAUGCAGCGUUCCUUGAAGUGCUUCAUGGAGGUGCAACAGCAGCUGUUUUCAGAGACCACGUUGGUAACCUUCUCACAGCCUCUAACUCUAAAAUAGCGGCUACCUCGCCUUUAGCUGCGGAAGCAUUAGCAGUUAGGGAAGGUCUAAUAAUAGCAAAGAACUUUCAACUGGAAAGAGUUAUCUUUGAAUCUGACAGUUUAAUUCUCAUCCAAGCUCUAAAAUCAAAGGCAACAAUUGCAGAGUUUCAAGUUAUUUUGGAUGAUAUUUUGGAUUUAGCACGAAAUAUUUCAAAUUGUGGGUUUACCUGGGCUCCUAGAGAAGGGAAUGCCUUAGCGCAUGAAGUAGCCAAGCUUACAGCCAACGGUUCUCUGCAUCAGAAUUGGCUCAGCUGCAAGCCACAAAUCAUCACGUCCAUUUUGCAAAAAGAGAAGUACACGUCACUGCAAUUGACAAACAGAUCAUGA